CCUGCUUAAAGAUUUGUGUAUACUUUACUGUCCUUAACCUACAUCGUUCGAAUUGUUCUUGAUCAACACUCGAUUGAUUCAAUUGGCAAUGCAAAUUUCAUCUUACGAUACAUAAGUUGAACAGGAAAGUGACCACCCAUAAGGCUUAUCAUCAAAUAAUACGUGCCACUACACAGGAAGUGGCGUCAUGUGUGUUGGACCCCUUUAUACUUAGUAUAGUUGCAUAUUAAUAUCGUAUUUAUUCAAAUACACGAAUGGCGCCUCACUAUAUGUAUAGCAUCUUCAACAUUGAUGGCGUGUUAGAAAAACACAUUGAAUAGCUCAUUAGAUGUACAAAUGUUGCUAGUGUUAACGCGCACAAUGUCGUUUUGCUGCAGCAAUGCAGAACCAUCAUCAAGAUGCGCUUUUCGAUAAUAAUAAGUAUUAUUUCCCGCCCGACACUCUAGCCCCUCCUAAGAAACCGCUUGGAGAGCAAGACGAUGCGCGAUUACACGACGGUCACAAAUAUGCAGACAUUACGCCAGGAGGGUCACGAAAUGGCGCCUCAUCGCUCACUGAACCUGCCCCACAAGGGACACCAUCACAACCUCGAAUUCAAUCGCAACCACCCCAAUAUGAAGGGCCCGGGCCAGACGCAAGCCAGAUCUAUGGACAAUCGUCCCACACCCUCCCAUUAUCGCAAAUUUCUAGUUAUCGGACAGCCGAUCCUCAACCAAUUGCAUCGAGUACCAAAGACCAACAACCUAGCCCUCAUGCGCCUACCAACCCCAGCUCGUCCUGGGUGAGUAAAGAUGUCAAGGUCAAGCGCUGGGUAAUAUGGGCUAUUAGCGGCGCUCUGAUAUUAAUUAUUGGAGUCGGUGCCAUUAUAGGCGGUAUCAUAGGAGCUGAAGAAGUAAAAGCGAAACAUGCCACCGAUAGUAACGAUAGCAACGACAGCAACGGUAGCGACGCGCCAACAAGUUCGAACACAACUUCAAACGGCACUUCACCUAAUGCACCACAAACGAUAUCAGCGCCACGUGUUAGACUAGGUUCUCGACUAGCUGUGACUGGUUACAGGAACGCGACGGACUAUAACAUCCGUCUCUUCUACCAAGACAAGGACAAUCAAAUACAAUUCGUGGAUAAAGAGGGUGCUAGCGCCAAUUGGUCCGCAUCGACAGUAUUGGACCUACCAUACCAACCCAUUGAAAACGGCACGAUGGCUGCUGGUUCGUACGUAUUGGAUGACCCAGUGCCAAAACUUGAGUUCUUCUAUGAAGAUAAGGACGGUAUUAUACGCGGGCAGAACUUCAAUUUCAGAUUUGAGAAUGGAACAAUUCCCGUGAAUGGAGAACCUGGAAGCAUCAAUACAUACCCACUCCAGAUAGCCGGAAAUACUCGCAUAUCGUGCUAUUUCCCAUAUCUAAUUUCACAAGAUGCGGAUAAUGCGAUACGUUGGUCUACGAUGAUUGGACAGAAUGCCAGUAAUCUUUCUGCUCCAUGGUGGAUCAACAGUACCGAUUGGAAUGGGGACGUUGAGGCGACACAAGCGGGUGGUAUCGUUGCUCUUCCCAUCGCCCAAAACUAUUCAGAUGCUGGCGGCAUUGUAUACCGAAGUAACGAAGGCAUGCUGUCAGUCAAGAUACACGAUGAAUCUGCGAAAAGUAACGAAGGGGUGGCAUGGAGAAAAGGGGCUUUAUCAAAGGAGAUACCAGCUUCUUCUCCUAUCGGCGCAUUUGCCGUUGGCCGACCUUAUGACAGCAACAACCAAAUCAACACAUACAUACUCUACCAAGAUGAUUCUGGAAUUAUACAAGUGGUGUGGCAGGACGACGAUAGUUGGCAGGGCCCCGAAACAUAUGACGCGCUAGGUUCCGCCAACAACGGAACAGAUAUUGCUUGCCUGACUCCGGGGGCUGACAAUGCCGCGAACGUAGGGAUAUCCAAGGAUCAGGAUAUGAAUAGAUGCUUCUAUCAGACUAAGCUUGGAAUCAAGGAAGUUUGGUUCGAUGGUAGCAACUGGAAUGAUGAAGGUAUCUUGCCAAUAUAAUAUGUGUAAUAGAUAUAUAUAUAUAUAUAUAUAUAUAUACGGACGCGUUCAAUGUAUUCUUCAGGCACAAUAUACCCCGUAAAUAAACUCAAUGACGAAAAAGAUCGAGGAAUCAUGAUGUUCUGGUCAGAGAUGCGAAUAAGGGCUAGAUAUAUAUAGUACCUAAUGAGUGGCUUCCGGUUAAGGUUGCUUGCAGUUUGCUUGCAGACGUCUCACAU